AUGCCCCAUAAUUUUGUCCGGUCCUUACCCCUCCCCUACCCUUACCCUUACCCUGACCCUGACGGUGACCCUGACCUUAAUCCUCAUCCUUAUCCUUACCCUUAUUACCCUAGCCCUUACCCUUAUUACCCUUACUCUUAUUACCCUAACCCUUACCCUUAUUACCAUUAUCCUUACCCUUAUUACCCUUACCCUUAUUACCCUAGCCCUUACCCUUAUUACCCUUACUCUUAUUACCCUAACCCUUACCCUUAUUACCCUUACUCUUAUUACCCUAACCCUUACCCUUAUUACCAUUAUCCUUACCUUUAUUACCCUAACCCUUACUCUUAUUACCCUUACUCUUAUUACCCUAACCCUUACCCUUAUUACCAUUAUCCUUACCCUUAUUACCCUUACCCUUAUUACCCUAGCCCUUACCCUUAUUACCCUUACUCUUAUUACCCUAACCCUUACCCUUAUUACCCUUACUCUUAUUACCCUAACCCUUACCCUUAUUACCCUUACUCUUAUUACCCUAACCCUUACUCUUAUUACCCUAACCCUUACCCUUAUUACCCUUAUCCUUACUCUUAUUACCCUAACCCUUACCCUUAUUACCCUUAUCCUUACCCUUAUUACCCUUAUCCUUACUCUUAUUACCCUAACCCUUACCCUUAUUACCCUUAUCCUUACUCUUAUUACCCUAAACCUUACCCUUAUUACCCUUAUCCUUACCCUUAUUACCCUUAUCCUUACUCUUAUUACCCUAACCCUUACCCUUAUUACCCUUAUCCAUACUCUCAUUACCCUAACCCUUACCCUUAUUACCCUUAUCCUUACCCUUAUUACCCUUAUCCUUACUCUUAUUACCCUUAUCCUUACUCUUAUUACCCUUAUCCUUACCCUUAUUACCCUUAUCCUUACCCUUAUUACCCUAACCCUUACCCUUAUUACCCUUAUCCAUACUCUCAUUACCCUAACCCUUACCCUUAUUACCCUUAUCCUUACCCUUAUUACCCUUAUCCUUACCCUUAUUACCCUUAUCCUUACUCUUAUUACCCUAACCCUUACCCUUAUUACCCUUAUCCUUACUCUUAUUACCCUAACCCUUACCCUUAUUACCCUUAUCCUUACCCUUAUUACCCUUAUCCUUACUCUUAUUACCCUAACCCUUACCCUUAUUACCCUUAUCCAUACUCUUAUUACCCUAACCCUUACCCUUAUUACCCUUAUCCUUACCCUUAUUACCCUUAUCCUUACUCUUAUUACCCUAACCCUUACUCUUAUUACCCUUAUCCUUACCCUUAUUACCCUUAUCCUUACUCUUAUUACCCUAACCCUUACCCUUAUUACCCUUACUCUUACCCUUAUUACCCUUACUCUUACCCUUAUUACCCUUACUCUUACCCUUAUUACCCUUACCCAGAGGGGGGGGGGUGA